CUACUUCAGGACAAAAUCGUAAAUGUCAUGGUCUUAAUAACACUACCUAAUUAAGAUUUUGGUAAAUAAAAGCAGCCCCGGUACCAGUAUCAGUUUUGACAAAAACAAGGCAAGGCAGAGAGAGAGAGAGAGAGAGGGAGAGAGAGGGACAGAGUUAGAGUCUUAAGGGGAAAUAGAUGGCUUCAGAUCCAAAGAUAUUAAACUUCGAAGAGGUGGCUAAACACAACAAACUCAAGGAUUGCUGGCUUGUUAUCUCUGGCAAGGUUUACGAUGUCACCCCAUUCAUGGAUGAUCAUCCUGGAGGAGAUGAUGUUUUACUGUCAUCGACUGGGAAAGACGCAACAAAUGAUUUUGAAGAUGUGGGUCAUAGUGACUCGGCCAGAGAUAUGAUGGAAAAAUACUACAUUGGUGAAAUAGAUUCAGCCACUAUUCCGCUAAGACGCACCCACAUUCCUAAACCACAAGCCAACUACAAUCAAGACAAGAGUUCAGAGUUUCUAAUAAAGAUCUUGCAGUUUCUUGUGCCACUGUUGAUCUUAGGCUUAGCCUUCGCAGUCCGACACUACACCAAGAAAGAGUAGGCUUUGCCCAGUACUCUAUUUUAAGGGAAAACUGUGUUUGCACUCUUUAAAUUUCCAAACUUUCUUCCUUUUUUCUUUUUUCUCUAAAUUUACCUGCAAUACUGUCACAAUAUUCAUAGUUCCCUAGGGACCAUAAUAUCAAGGAGUUCAUUUCAAAGAAGCUGUAGUAUUAUUGGUGAUAGGACAUUGUUUGCCUCUGUUGGAUUAUAAACGCGUUUACAUUUCAUUUUGUUGGAUGAUAA